AGCAGCGGUCUGAGCGGCUCCAUGUUGGAUCUGGCUGCUCUCAGAAAUACAUUGGAGCUCUGUCAGUCCGUCUGUCUGCGCGUAUUGUCUGACACACGGCCGGGCAGCCGGCUCUGCUCCCCGGGCUCAGGUAGAAGGGAUGUAGCCGACAGACCGCGCUGUCACCAACAAAUGUUCCUCGGAGCUUUUUGUUCCACAAAACCGGCGUCAUUCCCGCACUUGUGAGCUUGGCUGAGAAACCAGGUUAGAGGCGCACCUGAACAACGGAGCGAAAAGUGGCAUGCAGGCGGAGGAAGAAAUAAUUGGAUUGAGAUAACGCCUCGCAGGCAUGAUGUUCACGCUCACUGAGGUUGCGUCCCUGAAUGACAUCCAGCCGACGUACCGCAUCCUGAAGCCAUGGUGGGACGUCUUUAUGGACUACCUGGGACUGGUCAUGCUCAUGCUGGCCAUAUUCGCCAUGACCAUGCAGAUCACCAAGGACCAGGUGGCUUGCCUUCCGUGUCUGGAGGAACCGGACGAGGCUUCGGGGGUGAAGCCUAAUUCGUUCACGCAGUCGAGCACACAGAACCAGGCCUCAGCAGCAGCCCCCGUAGCAACAUCCCACCCACUAGUCACUAAGGACAUGCCGGACGAUAUUGUCCACGAGAUCCACGUCUCACACCAACACACCCCAGUGGCGGCAGGGAAAUACCUUAAUCAACCUGAACCCACAGGGGUCAGGACCAACCUGGACUACCAACAAUAUAUCUUCAUCAACCAAAUAUGUUACCAUGUUGCCUUGCCCUGGUAUUCCAAGUACUUUCCUUACCUCACCCUCAUCCACACCAUUGUUCUCAUGGUCAGUAGCAACUUCUGGUUCAAAUACCCCAAAACCAGCUCAAAGAUUGAGCACUUUGUUUCAAUUCUAGGUAGAUGUUUUGAGUCUCCCUGGACUACGAAGGCUUUGUCUGAGACAGCUUGUGAGGACUCUGAGGAGAACAAACAGCGGUUGACAGGCACCUCCGUAGCCCAGAAACGUGUAUCUUUAGAGGGGAAAGAAGAAAGCACAAAUGUGAACUCCUCCACACCCAUGCUUGGGGUGAAGUUCUCCGCAGAUAAGCCCAUCGCGGAGGUCCCAAGCAGUAUGACAAUCCUGGACAAAAAAGACGGGGAGCAGGCCAAAGCCCUGUUUGAGAAAGUACGGAAGUUCCGAGCUCAUGUGGAGGACAGUGACUUUAUCUACAAGCUUUAUGUAGCGCAGACUGUUGUCAAAACGGUCAAGUUUAUUUUGAUAUUAUCCUACACUUCUACGUUUUUGGCUAAAAUUAAUUUUAAGCACGAUUGUGAACCUGAUAUUAAGCAGCUAACGGGAUACGGAAAGUUCUUUUGUACGCACAACAUGGCUUUCAUGCUGAACAAGCUGCUCAUUAGCUACAUGGCUUUAAUCUUGAUCUAUGGGAUGGCCUGCUUGUACUCUCUCUUCUGGGUGUUUCGACGGCCGCUCAAAGAGUACUCGUUCGAGAAGGUCCGCGAAGAGAGCAGCUUUAGUGACAUUCCUGACGUCAAAAAUGACUUUGCAUUCCUCUUACACAUGGUUGACCAGUAUGACCAACUCUACUCCAAACGCUUCGGGGUCUUCUUGUCCGAGGUCAGUGAAAACAAGCUUAGGGAGAUCAGCCUUAAUCAUGAGUGGACCUUUGAAAAGCUGAGGCAGCUUGUGAUCCGUAAUGCAAUGGACCAGCAGGAACUGCACCUUUUCAUGCUCUCUGGUCUUCCCAAUGCCGUGUUUGACCUCACGGACCUGGAAGUGCUGAAACUGGAGCUCAUUCCUGAGGUGAGAUUCUCGGCCAAGGUCUCCCAAAUGACCAGUCUGCUGGAGCUUCAUCUCCUGCACUGUCCGGCCAAAGUAGAGCAGAACGGCUUUGCUUUCCUCCGGGAUCAUCUCCGCUGCCUUCACGUCAAGUUCACUGAUGUUGCCGAGAUUCCGGGCUGGGUGUACUUGCUGAGGAGUUUGAGGGAGCUCAACCUCAUCGGCAACUUGAGCUCGGAAAAUAACAAGAUGAUUGGGCUGGAGUCCAUGCGAGAUCUGAGGCAUUUAAAGACAUUAUGCUUGAAGAGCAACCUCACAAAAAUGCCCACAAACAUCACAGAGCUUUCCCCGCAUCUGAUUAAGCUAGUGGUGCACAAUGAUGGUACUAAACUUGUGGUACUGAAUAGUCUGAAAAAGAUGACAAAUCUAAUUGAACUGGAGCUGCACACGUGCGAACUUGAGAGGAUUCCCCACGCUAUUUUCAGCUUGAACAACCUGCAGGAGCUUGACCUGAAAUCAAACAACAUCCGAACCAUAGAGGAGAUCAUCAGCUUCCAGCACCUCAAAAGGCUGACGUGCCUCAAACUUUGGCACAAUAAAAUCAUCACCAUCCCUUCCUCCAUCGGCCAGGUCAAGUCUCUGGAGUCUCUCCACCUGUCCCACAAUAAACUGGAGUCCCUGCCCCCGGCCCUGUUCACGCUCCCUAAGCUGCGGCACUUGGACGUGGGCCACAACUCCAUCACAGUGCUCCCUCCGGACGUGGGCCUCCUCCACAAUCUCCAGCACUUAGCCAUCAACUCCAACAAGCUGGAGGUGCUGCCCAAGCCUCUGUUCAGAUGCACCAAGCUCAAGGCGCUGUGUUUGGGGAACAACGCGCUCACCGUGCUGCCGGAGACGGUGGGUCAGCUGGUGCAGCUCAAUCAGCUGGAGCUGAGAGGAAACUGCCUAGACAGACUGCCUGUGCAGCUGGGAAACUGCCGCCUGCUGCGUAAAAGCGGCCUCGUGGUGGAGGACCAUCUCUUUGACGCACUGCCUGUAGAAGUGAAGGAGAACAUCAGCAGGGAGAACAACGUGUCGUUUACCAGUGGCUUAUAGCACACAAAGCAUGACAAGCUUGCAUAAUGGAUGUACGAGUAGACUCUUAAGGAGGGUUCACACCGGACGUGAAGCAAAUUAUUUAUGCGUCGUGCUUACAUGUGACGUCAAGGAAAAGAUGCAGAAAGGCGCAAAUUAUUUGCCUGCUGUGCAAAAGCAUUAAUACAUGUUUUUUCUAAUCAAUAUCAGUACAUAGUUAUUACUGCAUAAUUUUGACAAAUGUAUUUCAACAUAUCAUAUACCCAACUACGGUGUAGUUAUGUAAUGAAUGAAAAAUAAAAUCAGUGCAAAAUAUGUUCGUUUUGAUAUCUACAUAAAGAUAAGCCCCGCCUCCUCGCCAGCUGUCUAGUUUAGUUUAGGACGUGUGACGCUAGUAAACACAAAUGAUGCCGUGGUCAAACUUGCAAAAGGAACGUGAUGCCAUUCUUCGCUUUACGUCCGGUGUGAACGCACCAUUAUUGUAAUAACAAUGAAAAUGCAUUUUCUUGAUUAUUUUAAUGAGUUGUCUUAUAUAUAUAAAAUGGUACAGAAUGAUUUUCUUGUUGCUGAGUAUGUAAUUCAGCAACUUUAUUGGCAUUAUGCUUUUUUUUCAUAGCUUUAAGUAAUAAAACAUUUUGCUUCUGUAUGUUAUACUCUCUAGACCAAAACUGUUCACUCCAAUGACACAGUAUGUAGAUUUAUAAUUAUGGUUUUAGGUACUCAGGUAUAAUUGUAACCAUGGGGAACAAUCUUUUUGCCUUAACUGCUGCUACUUUUUUUUUUUUUAACAGUGAGGGCUUUCACAAACAAAAAGGCCAAAAAUGAAUAUUUCAUGUUUUCUUGUCAGUUUUUCAUUACAAGACACUUCUAUGUAAGGGGACAAAUGAAACACUUUUUUCUUAGCAGUUGUUUGAAAUCAUGUAACCUUUUUUUUCCUCCAUGUCUUGUAGCCAACCGAUUGAGUUUAGAGUUGUGAAACUCAGGUGGAGACUAAGCACCAGAAUUGACCCUUUACCUUACUUUUGUAGAGAUUGUAUACUAAAGGCUUAUAGUAAUUCAUUUGCACAUUGAAAACUUAAUGAUUUAAAGAUCAGUGAAUGUCCUUUCUGAUAACGUGUACCAAGACCAACGUGACCUGAUAAAGGGAACUCUGUUGACUGUCUUUUUUAAUCAUGCUUUGAAAUUUGAAAUGUGUAAUAAAAUCUGCACCCAGGUAAAACUGAUUAUUUAACAGAUUGUUGUAAUGACGUCAAACAAUGACUGCCUUUAAUGUAUUUCUGCGUACACUAUAUAUACAGUAUUUAUUCUUCAGUGCUGCUGUACCACCUUUGAGAUCUUGCUCAAAGUUCACACCUUUUAUGGCACAAUAAAACAAGAUUUUAGAA